AUGGCUGCAAAUGGUUCCGCCUCCUCCAAAAGCACUUCUCCGGUAGCCAGUUCGGUAUCCGCUAAACGUCGAAGGAAAAAUGUUAUUUUGGAUGAGCUCAAAAUCGGAAUUAAUGACCUCGCCGCACACCAAGCGAUCGAUGACUAUUGCUACAAGAUCUUUUUGGAAAUUAUUGUCCUCCGUGAUUAUCAAGAGAAAUACUUUGAUCGAGGCGAGAAGCAGCGCAAGGCACUAGAAGUAGUGUUUCAAACUUACUCAGACGAAUUGCCCGAUGUUGUUGAAAAAAUAAUCCCUACUACGCUUCUGCCGAGGCUGGUCCAAUACUUCCGCAUGAGCCUCGAGAAAAUGAAAGAGAAAAAAGCCGCCGAAGACGCGAAUGGGGCUAGUAUAACACCAUUCACAAUGGUACCUAACGCCGACAUUCAAAUUAUUCGGGGAAACAAGCCUUUCUGCCCAUAUCUGAUUCGACUUUCUGACCUGUGCUGUGAUCUAGACAAGGAUCGAAGCAUCGAUACGGACUGGGUUAAUCUUGCUGGUGAGCACAAAUUUGAUGAGCUACUAAAGCAACAAUCUGUUGACCCGAAAAAUGAUGAGGUUUGGUGGACUCCUCGAUCUCUUGGCGAGGUACUUCUUCAUUAUAAAGAUAAUAAGCCAGAUCUGAAUAAUAAGCCUUGGAUCAUCGAGUCGUUGAUUGACAGCUUUAAUUAUAGAUCUACAGUUAAGAGAACUAUGCAAGCUCGAUAUCCCGAAGGCCAUGAACUAUGGUCUGGUGAUAACUCGUUAGGCAGACUGGAAAGACCUAGCUUUACAAUGAUCAUUCGUCGUAAGGGUGCAACGGGUGAUGUGAUUAAUCAUAAGAAGCAACCACCUGUCACUCUUCCAUCCAGUGGUACACUGAAGCGUACGAACAGUGGCGCUCUAAAAGUGCUCGAAUAUACUCCCACGGCCCUCGAAAAGGAGGAGGUACCAGAGCUUGAUGAGAAAAAGGCCUGGGUCAACAUCAAGUACAAAAAGCAAAAGAAGAGCAAAGACAACAACAAAGGCGAUGAGGAAAGCGACAAGUAA